CUUUUACAACAAAAAAUUAUUGUGUUGCGAUGCAGUCACUAUAAAUUCUAAGAUACUUCCUGUGCUUUGUCCACUUUUAGCAACAAAAUAUUAUCAAUUAAAAUUUGAUAAAACGCAGAUUUCGUGGAGGAAAAAUAUCAGUAAUAUUAAAAUCUAACAUGUCAUCAGAAAAUUCUUUUGCACUAGCUUCACUGCAGACUGACAAACCCCUGAAGGACAGUGAAAUGCAGGUGGAUUCUACUGUUGGAAACAAGGACAUCGACAAUAAAGGAAAAUCGUUAAAUGAGUUGAAAAAUUUUCGUAUUCAACGAAAAAGAGAAAUUGAAGAUAAGUCUACAGAUGAGGAACGCUUCGUUGGAUCAACAACAAGACAGUAUAAAUUUGACAAUGACAUGGCAGAACGUAGAUCUAUUAUAGAAAUUCAUAUUGACAGCUUAGAAGUGGCAAAGAAAAAUACUAAUAUGGAGAUAGACAAAUUAAAAACGGAUGCAGUAGUUCCUACUUUGGAAACCUUGGAAAAUGACCGUCAAAGUUGCAGUGAUGACAUUGUUCCAAAUGAAAAACAAAUGCAAAAAGUGGGAACUGACGAUGAUAAAUUGGCAACACAAAAUAAAGUUGAAAACUCAAGUCAGAAUCGGACAUUUGAAUUGGAAAGCGCAGAAAAGAAAAACAAAAAUAAUAAUUUCAGUCACGAUGACAACAGUAGCAAUUCCCAGAACGAUGAUGAUAACUUUGAACAAUUGGAUAAAUUAACACCAGAGGAGGAAAUAAAAGACGAACUGUACCGUAGAACAUGUAACCCGUUCCUACAACAUCUACCAUGCUUUAAACUUCAAACAAAAAAUAUUUGUGUCACCACUAAUUCAGAAGGCGACGUUUCAAAUAAUGGAGGAGAACUUGGCACAAAAAUUCACAAAUGUAGAGAGUGCCGUCGCAGAACUCCCCAGCAAGGAUCAAAUGAUGUAUAUUGUCGAUUUUAUGAAUUUAGACUUCUUCGCUACACAGAAGAUGGAAGACUUUUGGUGGCAGGUUUUCCGAAUCCGUAUACCGACCCCACACAAGAAGAAAUUAAUAUAUGGAAGCCAGAUGAAAAUACAGAACCAACUGCUGGAAAUAUGGAUAUACAAGUCUGUCGUUACAUCUUGUUACAUGUCGGUGAUCAGUUUUGCUAUCUUUGGCGUCAAGAAGCGGAAGCAUUGAAAUUGCACGAAAAUGAAAAUAAAAUAAUUGCAUGGAAGAAAGUGGUUCAAGGAAUAAGGGAAAUAUGCGAUGUGUGCGAUACGACACUGUUCAAUUUCCAUUGGACUUGUGACAAAUGUGGAUUCGGCGUCUGCAUCGAUUGCUUUAAAGACAGAAAGGAAAAGAGAACCGUCAGAAAAAUACAGGCUGGUGAUAAACCUCAAAAGGGCAGAGAUGAAUACUAUUGGAUGUUAUGUUCUGGUGGGGUGAGCCAUAAUAUUGGGGAUUUAAUGUUGACACAAAUUAUAGCCGGUGACUCUAUGAACGUUUUAGGAAGAUUACUGCAUGAUGUUAGGACCUUGUGGCAAAUUCCUCAGCUAUGUGGAUGCUUAUUGAGUAAACAACAAUUACCAAAUGGGCAACUUAAAGCCCUUAUACAAGACAUGAUCAAGGAGUCACAGUUAAAACAGCAAACCAGUGAUUCUUCUCUAGCUACAGAAGAAACAUUGAGAAAGCAAGCCCGCUUGGAGCAGAUACAUUCGAAAGCACUUGAAUUCGCUCGGUCUAAUGGCAUCGACUAUGUCCCCGGUCGAACUCAUAACAAACAAACCCUUGGGAAAGAUCCAAUAACAAGCGCUUUUGACAACUACAAGCACAUUAAUUUUUUGCGUAAAGGUUUGGCUGGAUUACGUAGGUUUUUACCGCCCCGAGCUAUGAUUUUAACUCACUCCAGUUUAAUAGCUCCCGGUGUGCCACACGAAUGGCUUUGUGAUGGCAAAUUAUUACGUCUUUACAAUGCCAACCAUCCCGAUAACCGGAUACUUUUCCAGGAAGUGUGGAAGUGCGGACAACCAGUUAUGAUAUCGGAGGUUGCACAAUCUUUAAAUCUGGAUUUAUGGCGUCCAGAAGCUUUCUUAAGCGACUUCGGAGACAAACCGAAUGAUUUGAUCAAUUGUCUGAAUGGUAAUUUGGUGCCAAACCAACCCAUGCGUCAUUUUUGGGAAGGCUUUCAGUGUAUGAAGAAAAGAUUACUGGACGCUAAUGGUAAACCAAUGCUUCUUAAAUUGAAAGAUUGGCCACCAGGCGAUGACUUUGCUGAAAUACUACCGACGCGUUAUAAGGACCUUAUGAAGGGAUUGCCUAUGCCAGAAUAUACAUUACGCACGGGACAUCUCAAUAUAGCAAGUUGUUUGCCAAAAAUGUUUGUACCACCAGACCUUGGCCCUAAAAUGUACAAUGCAUAUGGCUCAGCUUUCCAUCCCGAUAAAGGAACUACAAAUUUGCACUUGGACAUAUCCGACGCUGUUAAUAUAAUGGUAUACGUAGGAAUACCGGAAGAUUCCGACUCUAAAUCCCAAAUAUCAGCAUCACGUAAAGCCAUAGCUAUGGGUGGUUGCGAGUUUCUAACAAGGGCUAGGGUUCAAAACGACAAUGUCGUGGCAGGCGCUUUGUGGCAUAUAUUUCCUGCCAGGGAUGCUGAUAAGAUUAGGGACCUUUUAAACAGAGUUACAUUGGAGAAAGGCUAUCGUCUGGAACCUGACCAUGAUCCCAUUCACGACCAGAAUUGGUACUUGGACGAUAAGCUGCGGGCCAGGUUAUUUAAGGAAUACGGCGUUGAAGGAUACCCAAUAGUUCAGUGUUUGGGAGACGCGGUAUUUAUUCCUGCGGGUGCUCCUCAUCAAGUACAAAAUCUGCAUAAUUGUAUAAAAGUGGCAGAAGAUUUUGUAUCCCCGGAAAAUAUAACACACUGUUAUCAUUUGACUCAUGAAUUUCGACGGCUUUCACACUCUCAUACAAAUCAUGAAGAUAAGUUACAGAUUAAAAAUAUCAUAUACCAUGCUAUUAAAGAUUGUUGUACGAUUCUAACAAGAGCUUUAGAGCGUCGGCUUGAUGAAGAAAUAUCUCGGGCAGAAGAAAUGAAGAAAACAAUUCAGAAAAUGUCUGACAGUACAGUAGAUCCUAUAUAAAAAUCUUAAUAUACAUAUAUUUUAAAAUUAUUACCAUAAUUUCCGGUUAUAAAAUAUUGCCGGCAUUGCUCCGCCAUUUAUAUGAAUUACAUACAAAUAAAAUUAUAAUUUUUUUCGACAAAGGAGAAUUUGUUGUUUCUUUAUGCAAGUAGCAAUAGGGAUAUCAAUAACUCUUACGAUUACACGACGUAUAAUAAAUACAUUUUAAUGAAAAAAUUUUGCGCUAAAAAUUCUAAAUAAAAAACGCUUACAUAUGAAAAGAAUAAUAAUUUUGCGUUUCCUUUGUUAAAAGUUUAAAGCAAAGCUUUUUGCAGGCAAUUGGAAAAUUUUUAUUCAUAAGAAUACUCGAUAUAAAAUGAGGUAUUCUUAAAAUCUGAUUUUAAAAAUUUUCCUAUUACAACAGUACCUAUAUGUGGAAGGAUUCAGACGCGACAGAGUUCAUAAUAUUCAGCAAUAAAAAGACUACAAUGAUUUUAAAAAUAGGAGUCAAUUAUUCCUUUCCUUUGGAUAGACAUAAAACGACGUAUAUAAAAGUUUAGCAUCUAUUUUAGUUAGAGGAAGUGGCCAUGUCAAACAAAUACAAUUAAAAACUAUCUUGCCAAGAGUUAUUUUUUACCACUUUCUUUUAGCAGAGUUCUAUAAAAACGCGGUAUUUAUUCUUGCGGAUGCUCCUUAUCAAGUCUAAAAUCUGCAUAAUUGUAUAAAAGUGGCAGAAGACUAAAAUAAUUUUAAAUUUAAGAAUGAAUUAUUCUUGCUCCUCGGAUAUUCGUCAAACGACUAAAAUCCAAAAGCUCUCCACUUCUUAACUAGGUUUGGGACAUCAACUGGUUGCACGUCCAAAAUUGUAAGAAAAAUUAUUAAAACCAGGAAUUUUGGAGUUAUAACUUUAGCAUAUAUUUUAACAAUCACAUUUAUCAACUAUCUUGCCAAGAGUUAUUAUUGUAUAAAAGUGGCAGAAGAUUUUGUAUCCCCGGAAAAUAUAACACACUGUUAUCAUUUGACUCAUGAAUUUCGACGGCUUUCACACUCUCAUACAAAUCAUGAAGAUAAGUUACAGAUUAAAAAUAUCAUAUACCAUGCUAUUAAAGAUUGUUGUACGAUUCUAACAAGAGCUUUAGAGCGUCGGCUUGAUGAAGAAAUAUCUCGGGCAGAAGAAAUGAAGAAAACAAUUCAGAAAAUUUCUAACAGUACAGUAGAUCCUAUAUAAAAAUCUUAAUAUACAUAUAUUUUAAAAUUAUUACCAUAAUUUCCGGUUAUAAAAUAUUGCCGGCAUUGCUCCGCCAUUUAUAUGAAUUACAUACAAAUAAAAUUAUAAUUUUUUUCGACAAAGGAGAA